AUGGAUUACAAUUACAAUUACGAUUCGGCUUUCGGUGACAGUGCUGCAGAAGCUACUGCAGAAGCUACUGCACAAGCAGCUGUGUUUGCUGCUGGUCAACAGCAACAUAAUCAUCAUCAUUUGCAAGCUGCUGCUCACAAUGCACGCGCUACUCAACAGGGUCAAAUUAACAGAAACGCACCCGUCAACACUACUACUUCCGCAGGCGAUCAAUUCCAGAUUCCUCCACCACCUCCGCAAUUUCAUCACCAGUACGCCAAACCUCAAACCAACAUCUUUGUCGACAGCGACAACAAGCCGCUUGCAUUCUUCAUCCCGAACAACGAACCAAAUCGCAACAAGUACCGCCGAUUGGUGAUUCAAAAUGGCGGGUUUGUCACUGAUGGCGGAUUGGACAAUGUGAUACAUGUGUCGAGCCGGGACCAUAUGGGUGGGUUUGUUCGGAUUAAUUAUAUUGAGGAUUGUGUGCAAGUGGGACAUUUGUUGCCCACGAGCAAUUAUGUUAUUCAUGUGGCGGCCCCUUCUUCGCUGCUUGAUGAUGUUGGGGAUGAGCCUAUGAUCGAUGCGUUCUUGGCUCAACAACAGCAACAACAGCAACAACAGCAACAACAGCAACAACAGCAACAACAUCAUCAUCAUCAGCAACAGCAUCAUCAUCAGCAACAACAGCAUCAUCAUCAGCAACAACAACAUCAGCAACAGCAAAGCAAUGCGAAUGAGUUUAUCAAUUUCAGUAGCACGGCCACUCCAUCCACUACCAAACCCACGUCAUCCACCACCUCCUCCUCCUCAACAACAACAACAACAACAACAAUAGCCCAGAAACGAGCACCUCACAAACAAGGUUCCACUCUGAACCGUUUCACCGACGAAAAAGACGCAUACAUCUUGGAACAAGUUCGCAAAAGGCCCAAAUUCCGCCACUCGCACGAUUUCUACCGUGAACUAGCCACGCACGACAUAUUGAGCAUGCACACCGGCAACUCCAUCCGGGCUCGAUUUAGGCGUCAUUUGGCACCGCGUUUGGAGUACGUGUACAAGACGAACGAGCGGGGUAAAUUGCUCAAGGACAAACUGGGCAAUUACAUACCUGUCCCCUUGGACCAGUUGGAUGGUGGUGAAACGAUGAAGACAAAGUUUACUGCCCUGGAUGAUUACGACUUGUGUUGUUCGGCUAUUGCUUACAUUAAACAGCAAUCCAUCUUGCAAGGUUUGGAUUAUGAUGGUACUGAUGCCAGCCGAAAGUCCAAUUUGCCAUAUCUGUUUUUCAAUACAUUGUAUCAUAAAUGGCCCAGGCACCCGUUGCAUUCGUGGAGAGAUAGGUGUCGGAAGUAUAUCGCUAAUGAUUUGGAUUAUGUGGCGUAUAAGCAGUACUACGAGUCGUGUUUGGCGAGGGGUGAUGUGCCGCAGGUGUUGACUAAGGUGCCUCAACAUGUAGCUAGGUUUAAUAAGAGUGUUGGGGAGUUGAAGAGUGAUGUGCAGGCGCAAAAGAAGCGGAAUAGGGAGAAUUCAGACAAGGUUGACGGUGAUGGUGAUGAUGCUACUGCUGGUGAAAAUGAGGAUGAGAUUGAGGAUGAGGAUGUGGCGUUUGUUGAGAAUGCGGAAGCACUUGCUAAUGCAGCUGUUGCUGCUGCCAAGGCUCGUGAUGAAGAAAAUGCACGAAAGAUAGAGCAGUCGUUGCAACAACGGAAACGCCAAAAGACGCGACAACAAGCCAAAGCCAAGGACAAGGACAAGGACAAGGACAAGGACAAGGACAAGGACAAGGAUCAAGAAGAUGAAUCUGCACUCGAUGAAGAAAUCGGUGAAUUGAAAAACUCCAACAUUGGUGAUGCCUUGAAUUUUAAAUCCUCAAGUCAGAAGGGGAAUGGUGAUAUUGCUGAUGAUUCUGAAUCAGGUUCCGAUGUGGAUAUCGAUGAUGUGCUCAGCGAUCGCAUUGAGGUGCCAAAAUUGACUGGUCUUGGAACACUUGACGAGGAAGAGGAAGAGGAAGAGGAAGAGGACGAAAAGGGAGGCAAUGAAGAUGGAGCUCAGGGUGGGUUAACUGAGACCAAUGGCCAAUCGGAAGAAGAGUCGGGUAACGAAGAAUUCUUUUCGGCGCCGACUAGGUCGGACACCUUGGGAUCGCACCGUAUUGAUUCUCUAUUGCAAUCACAAGUACUGGCGAAGGAGGAUAGCAUAUCGAAUCAAGAAGAAGAAGGAGAAGAGAACGAGGACGAGGGGGGAGUUGGCGAUGGUGAUGAUGAUGACGAUAUCCUGGAUAUAAAACUCGCGUACCUUGCCAAUUCAACGCCGUUGAUUGACUGUGUUGACCCAUCCAAGUUUCUCAUAUUGCUCAAGCAAAAGAAACCACGAGUGCUAUUACUCACUGAGCUUCUCGAUGAGAAACGAAGCAGCAGCAAUAACGAUAGCAAGGAGCAGAGCGAUGAUAAUGAUGAUGAUGAUGAUGAUGUUUCAUUGGACGAGAUUUUCCUGAAAUUGAACUCGCUCGGGUUCAAAAACGCCUUCAUUUGCCAUAUCAUCUAUGCAUGUUCAAGUGAUACUUUAGUCAUGGUCAACUACAUUGCCCAGUUCAUCGAUACGUUAUCUUCUGCAAUCAAUGAGGCUAGUGAGAAACAAAAGUCCAUUCAAGAAAGCAAGAAUAAGAAGAAGAAGAAGAGGACGAGAAGCAAUGGUGGAGAUGGGGAUUUUGAUUGGGAGACGGAGUUGGUUGAUUUCUAUUUACCGUUCAAAAAGGCGCCUGUGGGUACUUGGAACAAGACGUUUGAUUCUGUUUUGGGUACUGAUCAAGAACGCAAGUUAUUGAAGUUUAAGAGUUGGCAUGAGAUUGCCGAGCGUAAGAAGUUUAUUGCUUCUUGUGUAGAGGAGGACGAGGAGGAGGACGAAGACGAAGAGGGAGAAAGAGAGGGUGAUGAAGAUGAAGAUGAAGAGUAG